AUGAUGCGUCUGACCACUACAAUCAUCCCAGAAUACUUCCAAAACCAGAAUGAUGCGAUCGAUGCUGGCACGCUCUCGGCAGAGAAGAUCAAUCUGGUUGCCCUCGGAAUUAACAACGGUUGGAUUGAUGCGACUAUCCAGUAUGGCGCUUAUGUCGACUUUGCGUACAACAAUUCCUAUAGGCAACUGAUAAAUGAAUCGGAGUAUGUCUCGCUGAAGGAGGAGUUCGAAACGGGAUGUCUACCGCGGUUGCAAGCUUGCCCGGGAGAGACAGGAACCGAUGCAGCUUGCCAAGACGCAGAUGAUUUCUGCUAUGAAAAUGUGGAGGCAUAUGUGAUGGACGAUCGUUCUUGA